GAAUUCGUUCCCUCCCUCCUUCUCCCCUUAGAAAGAUGGCGGCGCACGUGAGCAGGCUGGGGCCGCAGAGACACGCGCUGCUCAGGGUCGCGCAGAGGAGCAGGGAGAACGGGUUCUGCACGAGCGUCGCCCGUGCCCAGCAGCAGGUGGCUGCAGAGACGCGAUCAGAACCACUCCAAGGUGGAAUUGUCAUUCCCCGACGGAAAACAUGGGAGCGCACAGCUGUGCUGAGAUGCCUUGCACGCACCGUUACCCCGGACCCAACUGCGUGGCACUACACCCUCCAGGACGACCGCUACCUCACCCCAAUCAACAUGGCCGAACAGAAACUCUUUAAGCUGGCUCAGGAGUCGGGGAAGAAUGCAGCGAAAUACAUCGUCAACAACUACCCUCACCUCUUCACCAAGCAGCAGGCGGAACCCCACAUUCCAGGGUUUAUGCCACAGCAACUGCGUCCGCUGCGGGAGGGCGCCAGCGUGGAGGCGUUGCAGGAGCUCAUCGUGCUGCAGCACGCUCAAGCUGCCACCCUCAUGUACGACUCGCUGGUGCAGGCCGGAACGGCCGUUCCCAUGGAGACGGCCAACCGCCUGCUGGACCUGCUCUGUUUCUACGGCGACCGGGAGCCAGAGGGCAGCCCCACAACGCUGAAGGAAGAAGCUGCCGGGGUCGGGGUGCUCGCCGAUCACGAAAUGGAGGGAGAGAGCCCCGUGGCGGAGACCGCGGCGGUGGAGGCGGAGGAAGAAGAGGCGGGGGCCGAGGGCGGAGAGAGCGAAGUGGCGGCCGCUGCAGGCCCCGCAGGCCCCACGCCGUUCGCGCAGAGGAGACGGGGCGGCCCGGCCAUCCCGGAGCGCACCUGGAGAGCGGGGAACAACGCGGAGAGGAUCUUUAACUCCAUGCCGGAGCGGGAUGCUCACUCCUACUGCGCCAUGAUCCAGGGCAUGGUAAAGCACCGGGCAGCGGAGGAAGCGUUCAACCUCUUGGUAGAGAUGACCAACUCUGGACUUAAAGCCAACUUGUACGCGUACAACGCUAUCAUCAGCGCCAUCCCCGUGCUGCGCCAGAAGGACGCUGACCGCAAGGACCUGCUGCUGGACCUGCUGAAGGCCAUGCUGGACCAGGGCGUGCGCCCCACCGUCCUCACGUUCAACGCAGCGCUCAAGGCCCUGCGCCGGAUGGGACCGUACGCACGGACAUACAGCCUGGCCAUGCUGGCCGAGAUGCGGGCCCUCGGCAUUAAGCCAAGCCUGGCGAGCUACCACCGCCUACUCAACAUUCACUGCAGGAGUUCAGAUUCAAUGCAGAGCUCGGCCGCCGACUUGAUAUCCGAGGUCCUGGAGAUUCUCAACGGGGAGAACUUGCAGUGCCAUGACCCUGAAGACGGCUACUUCUUCUCGAGCACAAUGAACAUGUGCUUGAUGCUGAAGGACGUGGACCUCGCGUACCGACUCAACCAGCUCCUGGAGACUGGCGACAACUGGCGGUUCCUCAGCCCCCAACAACACUCGGCUUACUAUUCCCGGUUCUUCACUCUGCUGUGUCAGCUGGAGAGCAUGGAGACCAUCAUGGAGUUCUACAAGCGAUACUUCAUCCCCUCGAGCAGCUUCCCCAGCUCGCGCAUCAUGGUGGAGCUGAUCCAGGCACUGGACAUGAACUCCAGAGUCGACCUCAUUCCCUCUGUGUGGCAGGAUGUCAAGAUGUUUGGUCACUCUGAGCGGAAGGAUGUGGUGGAGGAAGCUUUGGCUGUGAUGGCACGAGAAAAACACAGCCCAACGGUGCAGGCUGCUCUUUCCGCCGUGGUGCUAGAGGUGUCCCAGCGAAUGUCACCCCAGCCGCAGGAGGAGGCGCGUAGGCCUCUGGGCCUCCGGUGGACGGCCCGGUCCCUGGAGCAGGCCACACAGCUGCUGGUCCGUGCGGGCCUCACGGAGAAAGCCUGGAAGCACCUGCAGCUCUUCCAACAGAGGAACCUGGCACCCACUGAGGCCGUGCUGCGGGAGGCGCUCGCUCACCUGGUGAGCGGGCGCUGGAACGCGGAGGCAGUGGCGCUGGUGGAGGCUGCGUCCGCCCUGGGGCUGGCCUGCGCAGGGUCGCUGGCACACACGGCCCUCGCCGGCCUGCAGCUCUCUCCCGCGCAGAGCGAGACACUGAACAAGGUGUUGGCUGACAGCGGCAGCAGCAGCGGCAGCAGCAGCAGCGACGACAGUGACGACAGUGACAGCGACAAGGAGUGACGUGGACCUCUGGCGUCACAUCCAUUCAUACAGCAACAACAACAACAACACUCACAACAACAACAACACUCACAACAGCAACAACACUCACAACAACAACAACACUCACAACAACAACAACACUCACAACAACA